GCAGUACCCAGCAUGCAGCGCGGCGCACACAGAGCCAUCUUGUCAAAGUGAGGAAGGGAAGCGCUGCAAGGAUUCCAGUUGCCCAAAAGUAUAACAUUUAAGACAUUUUGAACACUCACAAGGGACUUGCCUUCUAGGCUGGUGUGACUACUAAACGAACACAAGGAUGCUAACCAAGUUGGUGAAGAAGACUUGUUUGUAGAAGAUGUCUUCCAUACUUGUUCCGACGUAGGGGGAGUGUUACAGCCCCUCAGUCCGCUAGUAGCUCGGGGAGCGGAGGGCUGCGGCCCGCCUCACUCCGCUGCGGUCCCUCAUUCCGCCCCAGCCUCCAGUAGCUUCGCUGCGGCUCCUCAGUCCGCUGCGGCCCGCCUCAGCCUCCAGUCGCUCGGUGACGGAGGGCUGCGCCCCCUCAGCCAGCCUCAGCCUCCAGUAGCUCCAGUUGCAGGGCGGCGCGGUGACAACUCCGGGACCGGGUCUGUGGAGUGAACUCAACUUUUGUCGCAAACCCUUGUAAGGUAUUACUGUUAACAGCUAAAGCUCCAGGAUGCUGUAGUGUACACGAUCUAGCAGUCUAUUUUACGCGCUCAUAAAAUGCAACAGGAGACUUGGAAAAAUGAGGAGGAUGGCGCAGAUUCGUAUUGAUUGCAGUUUACUUGUUAAUUCUGUAUAAAUGCGAACGUGAGACCCGAUCUAAUCGACUCGGUUCUAGGCUGAUAAGGCGCAUUUUGACGGAUAACCAUAAGGGAGUUGUUAACAGUCCGCCAACAUGUCGAAAAUGCCGGCCAAGAAAAAGAGUUGUUUCCAGAUCACCAGCGUGACGCAGGCCCAAGUGGCGGCCAGCAGCGCCACCGACGACACGGAGAGCCUGGACGACCCGGACGAGGCGCGGACCGAGGAGGGCUCAUCGGAAAUAUUCGACGUGUCACGAGCGGAUUAUGAGCCAGUGUGUGACAGAAGUUCAUCAGAGGAAGCAAUCAAUAACGUCGGAGAGACUGACGCACCUGGCGUCAUGGUACCGCAACAUAUACCUCAAGUUAAUCAGUUGUCUGCAUUACCAAACAACCCUAACGGAGGCUCUCGAAACAUAGGAUAUGCAUGCUCUGCUUCGAGUAGUCAGCAAGGGCAUGAUCCGGGGGCUGCGUUGAUGUCUGCCCUUGUCACUCAGCCAGGCCCCGUGCAGCAGCAACGCCUUCCCCCUGGGGUGAGUGUUGGUGGUGGGCCUCCAAGCCUGUCAGUCAACGUCUCCCAUGCAGCACCGGUGACUUAUUCCACUCCUUCCUCUACCACAGCUACAGUGAGCUGCAGUUCACGCUUCAGGGUCAUUAAACUGGACCAUGGUACUGGAGAGCCCUUCCGAAGAGGGAGAUGGACAUGUACAGAGUUCUACGAAAAGGAUUCAGAGGGCUCCGUGAUGGGUCGGUCUGUCGAUAACAUACGACACGCAAACGCUGCGCCCGACCCCAGUCUCGACAGGGACAGCGGGCUCGGCCACAUUGGUGGCUCUGCCGUUAUCCCGGCAACAAACUUUGGUCAGGGGUUGGGCUCCUUGGCGGACAUGAUGUUAUUGCUCCCGGCAUCUCGCAUGCAGACGUUGGACGCUCUGCAGCAGCAGAUGCACCAGGCUGCCUACGCCACCGGGCAACCCGGGGGGACGGCCUCCCAGAACGCCUUCUCCAGCAGUAUCAAGUCCAUAGCUGUUUCCACCCCUCAGCAGCCUGCCGUCGGCCUUCUCCAACCGUCUGUCGGACACAGCAGCCUGUCUCAAGGUGGUGUCAACAUGCAGAAGACUGCACUCAGUCAACCGGCCGGGCAGGCCUCGGCUGCAACCUCCAGCCAGACAGAAUACUACCAUCAACAACAACAACUACAUGCGUCUCCCAUGCAGGAAGCUCCCCCCACCUCUCUGACACUGGCCCAGUCUGGGAGACAAGGCCCCUCUCCCAUCAUAACCCAAAUGCUGGGACGGACCGCUGCUUCUGGGCAAAGUGGGGAGAUGGCUGGUCCAGGGGGAGGAGGAGCUUUACCUGUCCUGUCCGCGCCAAGCCUUCUGCCGCCGCCCCCCGGGGGUGGGUUGGGCGGUGUGGGGGGCUCCCUGCUGCUGGGGGGGUCCGCCCUUCAGCAGGCUGGCGGUCAGUACACCAGCCCCGGUCAGCUUCAGCCACACAACCUCGAGCACGCACCAUCUGGUGGCCAAAAUGUGCCUGCCGCCAGUUCCAGUGUGCCCACCACAGUGCCCACGGGCGCACCCAGUGCCUCUAGUGCAGCCAUGCCAAACCUGAUGACCUCCAGUCUGCUGAUGGCCAAGCAGGCCCAGUUCUCCCGCGGUCAACUGGGAGCUUUCGGGGUCUUCGGGGCCCUGGUCCCUGGGAAGGACCUGAUGAAGCCUCUGAUUCCAGAGAGCCUGCAUCUCUCCAGCCCCACGGUCCGCAGUCUGUUUGGGAUUCCCUUACCCAUGGACGGGGAAGAGGACAGUUACUUUCUCAAGACGAUGGCCUUGGCUCCAAACAGGAAAUCUCUGGUGCUCUGCUGGAGGGUAGCUGAGCACCGGGCUGACUCAGCACUAGUCUUAGGCCCAAACGUCUUCGCCAACGUGUGCAUGAACUUUUUAAUUGGUUGCCAUAUUUCCUGAAACCUAAGGAGACAUUCUUAUCAUUUCCACCUUCCUCUCUGGUGCUUCUUGUCAUUUUAGAGGGCGAUUGUGGAGCUAUAUUAGCCAGCUUUUACCGUUUAUUGCGUUUUCACAUUUAUCAACUAAAUGUCUCAUGUACAGUAGUGGAUCUGCAUUGGAUUUUCAGAUGGCAACGCUUCCUUGUCGUGGUGGCAGGAUCUUGCUUAGCUUUUCAUGUUUUCUAGGUUUUUAAAGACUUCUGUCUAUUGCUGAUCUUUGAAACAGGAUUGUCUUCCAAUCCCUUUGAUUUUAUGUCGUCCUGUGAUGGGCUUGGCUUAAGGGGAAGGUGGAAACGUAAAGUACUUUACAAUUCCUGAUCGUUUCCAUGUUCAUGCUAUAAUAUACCUGCCAUAGCCAUUAACCUGGCUUUUCCCCAGAAAAUAUCCUCUCCUUUCACUUAACCAGGUGCUUCCAUUUUUUUUGGUCACUUUGUUUAAUCUCAUGUUUUUAAUUUUUCACGGGGAAGCUCAGCAAUCCUAAAAAAAGAAUUUCCAUUGUGGUUGUAUUAUCAAAGUCCUAUCGUUCUGAGCAUGUGACAAGACUGGUUUUAUCCGUGUUGGUUCUUUAGUGGAAAUGUGUGGUCUGUCUACAAAGGGGCCUGUGGCUGCUUACUGUAUUCUGGAGCUUAACGACAUCAAACGUUGUCCUAAAAUAAAGGACCAUGGUUUCAGUGAUGCAGGAUGACCAUCGGAUGUCAGCCUUACACCAGAAGUCAUAAAAAAUAUAUUUUCAUGUCAAAGGGAAUAUAUCAUACGUUGCCAUAUCAAUUUCAUAUAGCACAAGGAAAACCCACUUCCUUCUUUUCCCAAAUAGCUGCGUUGGAUAUUAUAUCCCAUGGGUCAAUCCCUAUUGAAUGACCUUGGAUAUGCGUUGACUAUUUGUCAGGUUAGUCACUGCAUGCUUACUACUCAGAAAAAGGGGUGUAAACGUGUACUCGUUUUCUAAUUUCUAAUCCCCUUAUUUAUACCUUUUUUUUUAUAUGAUGUUAUGUAUUUUUGGAUGUUUCUGGAAGGAUAAAUAGUUAAAAGUUCCCAAAUAACACCUUUGCCGUGCAUAUUGUUGUAGAGCCUUGUAUAGGUAUUUGGUUGGCCAGUGUUUAGCGGCUGGCCCAUUGGUGGACCGUCCGGCGGCAGACAAGUCAUAAUGACCCCAGGAACUGUAUUAUUCUUCUGCAAUAUCCGGUUAUGUGGUUUGACAGUCUUUUAGGUCAAAAAUAAAAUAUCGGAACAGAUAUUGGCUAUUGUAUCCCUUAAGCUGUAUAGUACAAACGGAGGGGAGAGUGGAUGCGUACAUUGCUAGAAACGAUCAGACUUCUUUUGCUUCUUUUUGCAUGGGGUGCAAAACAAAAGUUGUGGGCUUUUCUUGUAUCCCUACUCCUUCUAGAAUCACUUUUUGCCUUUUUAUAAAUGUUAUUGAACUGGUUGCAGUUCUUUAAUUUGUAGCUGCUGAAAUAGAGGCUUUUAAUACCGUUCUUCAGAGAGUAGACAUUUGAAAAACUAGCUUUUACCGUAGCUCUUUAAAAAUCAUGACGACAAGGAUGGAGUAGAAGCUGUUUUAUGCAGCCUUUGGGUUUUCUUCUGUUUUUUUUUUUCAUAUUUUAGGUGAAAGCUACCUACUUGCCUGGCAUACUUACUGUAAGAGUGUACAAUUUUAGCUCCACGUUACGUUACGUGUAGAGGAUGGUUCUGAAAACAUCAUGGAUGCAAAACAUUUUUGAAAAUGCAACAGAAUAUUUUUUUUAUAUCAAAUGAUGGCUAUUAAAUGAUUUAUAUAUAUAUUAUAACUAUUUUUGCAGUCAGGAUUGUGUUAUUUGUCACUUGUUUACUGCUAGUGCUGAUUAGAGAGGGCUCUGUUACGACAGCAGGGUCCUAUCAGAGAGCCAGCAGUGGUAUUUCCACGGUUGCUCCUUGCUGCAGAUAAGAGACCUGUCACUGGGGCGUGUCGCUUCAGCAUGUUCUCUCUCUCUCGUUCUCUCUCUCUCUCGCUCUCUCUCUCACACACGUAAGUGGGGAUUGAGCAUAUUGCUCACUGACACUCUACUUCACUCCUACUUCAUUGGCCUCCGCGUGGAGUUCAAUCUCCGCUGGUAAAAAGGUUUUCUUUUCGAGUCAUGUCAGAGAGCAAUACCUUCAGAGUCUAGAUCACGCAGUAACUCACUUGUAUUUUGGUUUAUCCCCAGCUUUUGCCAAAAACAACUUCUCUCAAAAAUAAGUAAUUGUAUUCAACCAACGCCCUGGUGUGGCAGGUGGUAGGCCUUCCUGGUGUGGCAGGUGGUAGGCUUUCCUGGUGUGGCAGCCGGUUGGCCUACCUGGUGUGAUAGGCGGUAGGCCUUCCUGGUGUGCCAGGCGGUAGGCCUUCCUGGUGUGCCAGGCGGUAGGCCUUCCUGGUGUGCCAGGUGGUAGGCCUUCCAGGUGUGCCAUGUGGUAGGCCUUCCAGGUGUGCCGGGUGGUAGGCCUUUCAGGUGUGCUGGGUGGUAGACCUUCCAGGUGGGCCAAGCGGUAGGCCUUCCUGGUGUGUUAGGCGGUAGACAUUCCUGGUGUUCCAGGUGGUAGGCCUUCCUGGUGGCAUAGGUGGUAGGCCUUCCUGGUGUGGCAGGUGGUAGGCCUACCUGAUGUUCCUCCUGUGUGAGGGCCUCAGUGGGUCUUCAGGUUUGUUUUCUUAGCUGGGGCCUGAAUGCCGGGCCAGGCAAGGCGUUACAGAUGUGUUCAGACUCAGAGGAAGUGUUGAUAGGCACCCUUGUUCUGCGAUGAGUGAACUUUAGGUUCAGUUAUUAUUUUUUUGGCAGUGCUUAGAAAGCUUUCAGUUAGUCUCACUCAUCCUUGUUCCCCAGCAAUAAAGGCUGGUUCCAGGUGUAUUUAGGUGCUACUUUGUGCAUGGGGGUUUCAGAAGUCAAGUUCUUAUUGAUCAACGUCCCAUCAGUAAUUCAUUCCAUCACCUGGGGAGGUAAUAAGUUGUUGACUUUGUGAUGCAUACACCUUGAAUGUAGAAAGGGCCGUGGUUUGUAUGGUUAUGUGGCAUUUUCUCGAUACCAUACUGUUGGGAUGACACCAUAUCUAUAUCUGUAUCCCACUGAGGCAGCAUUUGUAUGAAUGUAUUUUCCUCCAAUGAAGGCCUUGCAGAGUAGUUGAAUUGUUGAUGUUCCAUCUGCCUCUGUCGCAAGUGUUCAAGCUUGCUUCAUGCAACGUGUAUUUGAUCAAUAACCUCCCUGGCUAGUCUUCAUCCCCCAUCCCUCACUGGCCGGUUCAGAGAGGAGGGGCUUGUGCUCCGAGAGCCGCUCUUUCGCUGUGUGUCCUUGCAGGGAUUAUCUCCUCCGUCAUCACCACACCCUCUGAUCUGGCUCCGUGUUCUGCAACCGGUUAGGGUUGUUUAAACUCUCCUCCCUGCUGUUGCGCUAUCUUUGUGCUUUCGAAGUUUAGUAAGCUGUGAUUUAAUUUUAUUUUAAAUGCCAAUAAUAAAGGAGUAGAAAUUAGGGAUGUGAAUAGCUCACAUUUUUCAUGGUCGAAUAAUUAGUGGGUGGUAUGAACGAAUAAUAGAUUAUUCGAUAUGUGCCGACAUUCACAAAGGCAGCCAUGGAUCAUCUGCAAGAAAUCACUUAAUAUCUUAAACGCAAAAAAACAACUACCGUAUUUUCCGGACUAUACGUCGCUCCCGAGUAUAAGUCGCAUCAGUCAAAAAAUGCUCCAUGACGAGGAAAAAAACAUAUAUACGUCGCAUCGGUGUAUAAGUCGCAUUUAUUUUUAAACAUUUAAACAAGAACGUUUAGUCUGGAGAGACUGAAUAAAAUUGCAAUAGCAAUAUAGGUGUGUCGUUCCCUCGUAGUUCUGAGAGUAUACCGAAUUCAGUGACACCGGGAUUCCACCGGACGCGUAUGCGCCGCGGUCCUAAACCUGAGCGUAGAUGCCUUCACAAGUCCAGCGGAGGGCUCCAGUUUUCGCCGGCCAAGUCAUGCGCUGUGAUAUGUGUGACAGCUAUGUUGCACAAAAUUGCAGCUAAGGCUGGGGUAGCUUUGGUUGAACCGGAGGACAUUGAGGACGAUGACGACGAGAAUAUAAUUUAUUCGGUGGUGCAGUAGGCUUGCAGCGUUCAGUUGUAGGCCUAAUGAAUGACGGUGCCAUCUUGCGGCCGAGGAUUAUGUGCGCACAAUUUUGGCAUAUAAGUCGCUUCGAAAUAUAAGUCGCAGGGCAAGCCAAACUACAAAAAAACCGCGACUUAUAGUCCGGAAAAUACGGUACCUGCUAAGUAGUUCAAGUCAAAUUGUCUGUUGUGAAAAAUGCAUUAUUCUGUAAUCAGAAAAUGCGGUUAUAUGCAAUAGACCCUAAAGUAUCUGUGGUAUAAAGGCUGGGACUAAUUUAAAAUUAUAAAUAUGUACACUUUAUGUUGAAAAUAUAGACCGUCGCGAAUCCCAUUGAAACGAAUGGCGCAGUGAUUCGGUCUUCAAAACGAGAGCUGGUAAAUUGUGAAAAAUGCAUUAAACUGCAAUAGACAACGCAUUAUAUGCUAUAGACCCUAGAGUAUCUGUUGUAUAAAGGCUGGGACGAAUUUCGAAUUGUAAAUAUGUACAAUGCAUAAUGUUAGCUCUCUGGCUCAUAGCUGAGCGGACUAGAAUACCUCCUGUGGUCAAGUCGUAGCUAAGGUCUAUCCCAGCCUUUAUACCACAGUUACUCUAGGGUCUAUAGCAUAUAACCGCGUUGUCUGAUUACAGUUUAAUUCAUUUUCCCAAAAUUUACCAGAGCUCGAUUUGAAGAAUAAUCACUGCGCCAUUCGUUUCAAUGGGAAUCGCGACGGUCUGUACUUCCAACAUAAAGUGUACAUAUUUUAGUUUGAAGUUUGUCCAAGCCUUUAUACCAUAUAGCAUAUAGCAUAUAACCGUGUUUUCUGAUUACAGUUUAAUGUAACAGUAAACUGACAACAUCGCUAAUUUACACCGCAACUGCAAAUUAACCACACAGAGAUAACCAUGGCAACCGGUCAAACAAAUUGUCUUUUUGUGAUCAUUCUGCGUGCACAUGCGCCGUGUUGAUAAACAAAUAAUCCCCCUACUGUAUUAGUCAAACCCUCAGGCGUUACCAGGGUAUGGUUUGGGAAAAACGUUAUAUUUGAAUGGGAAAAAAUGUUAUCAGUCCAAAUGUUACAAAUCGAUUUUGACCCUCGAGAACGAAUGAUGGAAUAUUCCGUCCCAUCUAGGGGUGGGAAUUGAUACGUUUUUAUCAAUAUCAAUGCCAUUGUCGAUUCUGCCUAUCGAUCCAAUUCCUUAUCAAUUCUCUUACCGAUUCCUGAGUAGUUCAUUGAGUGGCAGAAAAAGAGUUCUACAGUCUUCUGCACCAAAAGAAACCAUUUUAUUUUCUACAUACUAACACAAGAACAAGAAAAUAUAGUCUAAAUAAGUUAGACUGACAAUAAAAAAAGAAUAGGAAGACACUUACAAUUGAACAUGCUAAAUUAUGAUUUAACACUAAACUUUUAUAUACAUAUUUUAGAUGUAAUGACUAACCUUACUUAGCUUAAACCAAACGUCAUUAAAUUAAAGUUUAACACUUUUCUAGGAAGGGUUAUAAAAAGUAAACAAAAUAGUAAACAUACGUACAUCCCUUUUAAUUAAAUAGGCAUGAAAUGUAUGCCUUCAUAACAUCUUUUAGAUUUUUUUUUUUUACUGAGCGUCAACAAUUCUUAUGCAAGAAUAUAAGCAUAUCUGCCUUUUCUGGGAGUGAAAGGGGUAACUUGAGCUGAUGUCGAGGGGCCAGCUGCCUGAGAGCGAUCAUCUAAAAUGCAUGAAAUUUGUAUAGGUCGGCAUUAUUAAUAAAAAACUACGACAGUGGGCUGCUAAUGCAGAAUAUGUAAUGUGAACGUUACCGUUGUCAACGGAGGACACAGUGGAGCUUGUUUGACUCGUAUGAAGGCUUUUGAACACAUGGCAUUCUUGGGACUUGAUUCCAUGCUUGAUAGACAAAUGCUUUAGCAUGUUGCUGGUGUUUGCACCCUUACACGAAAUGAUAGCUUUGCACUGAUUACAUACGGCAGAAUUUUCAUUGCGUUUGGUGAAAUGGAGCCAGACUUGCGAUCGCUUCCUACUCUCCACGAUGCUGCCUUGUUGUUUGAAGGUUGUCGGCGCGCGCAGGGUCGUCGCAAAUUUUUUGCGUAAACCGGAAAACGUGGUGCGUAAUCGUUAAGAAGAACCGAUAACGUUGGAGGCGUACGAUUCCGAUGGAAUUGGUUAGUUGGAACCGGUUCUGAGUAGGAAACGGUUCUCGAUUCCCACCCCUAGUCCCAUCCCUAGUAGAAAUGCAGAUCUUCCAACUUGGUUUGCAUGUGGCUGCUGCCACCCUUUCCCGGUCCUACCAGGAGAGAGCUAGUAUAGCUAGAAGCCUUUUGGAGGAGCCUCUGUGCUGCCAUUUGUUGGAUGCACUCGGUUCCCUCGGCCGGCACCAUUUUUUUCCCCAUGGUUCAUCGAUUUGGCCCCCUGACCCGACCAUUUCCCCCCCAUUCAGUGUAAAUAUGCCUGUUGUGGGUCUCCACGCCUCCUACAUUCCAAGGUGCUGAAGGAAAACCCCUUGGGGGAAACUAAAGUCAAAAUAUCAGAGAGACACACACACACACACACACACACACACACACACACACACACACACACACACACACACACACACACACACACACACACACACACACACACACACACACACACACACACACACACACACACACACACACACACACACACCAGUUUACCCAUCCACCCUCUUCUCUUUAAAUCCUUCUGAUGCUGUUCCCCAACCCCCAAGGAAAAUGAGGUACCCAUGACUGAUAACAGGCAUACUCAGCUAGCAGGCUCAUUAAGGGGCACCCGACCCUGACAUCAAAUUGGCAUCUUGCCAACCAUCACAGGUCUCACGGCCCCCUUUCAGUAAGAAGGCAUGAAAGGGUGUUUCUGUCAUGGUCUAGAGCCAGUCUGUUGGGUUAAGUCCUGGUCCAGAACCAGUCUGCUGGGUUGGGUCCAGUCAUGGUCCAGAACUAGUCCGUUGACCAUUGCUUGGUAGGUUGGUCAAGUUCCGGUCGGUUGAUCCAUCGGUUUGUCGUCUUGCAACCAUCAUAUUAUGCACGGAACAAAACCUAAAUUCAAAUCUCCCAGUGUGUGUGGUCUAUCUCCUACGCGGCGUGGCAUUCCGGGGCCCUGGGUUGUGGCUUGAGUUGUGCAAGUGACUCGACGGUUGUGCUAUUUGUUUUAAGUAAAAAUAUGCUUUUGAACAACAACCAUGUGCAUAGAGAAAACUCUUUUUCACAUUUGGUGGCAGUGGUGGGAUGAUUCCUCUAGCCGAGUGGAGGGGACCCACAUUUCGGCAUUGUUCAUGGAGCAUCAUGGUGGACCCAGGGCUCCAGACUAACCUUUUCCUUGGGUGCACUGGUGCGCCUAAAUUUUUAAUUUGGGUGCACCAGCACGUAUUUAUGGUGCACCCAAGUUUUGAGUUGUA